AUGUCUGUCAAUGAAUACGGCGACGAAGCACGCGAGCGCGUGGUGGACGAGACGCUAAGCCUGAUCGACCAUCUCGGUGUCGAGCAAGCGCGCAGCAUUCUUCGCUGCUUCGCGAUCGAUGAAGAAAAUUUCGACGCACACGCGCUCGUGACGGUUGAGAAGACAGUGCGCGCGACCUGCGACAGGUCUCAAUGCGACUACGAUGCGACGAUUCACUUCCCCGACCUCAAGACUGCCCGGCUGAACAGAGCACAUUUACUGAAGUCGCGGGCCAUGUCGGCAAAGACUGAGAAUGCAACCCAACAAGCUGCUGAGCACGCUCAGAGAUCAGCGGAGCCUAGUCAAGCCUCCGUGAACAUUCCCAACAUGGACAAUCGUGCCAGUACGGAUGGACAUCAUGAUCCGCAAGAAGACGCCGCGGCCGAAACUUCCAUGCAUGAUACUAGCGACCUCGAGUUUGAGAGACUUCAGACCCGACGUUUGAUUCGCGACGGCCACGUCACGAUCAAUCAUUACUACAUGAACAAAAGCCCGGAAGUCCAGCCAGAGCCAGAGCGAAAGCCUGAGCAAAAGCCAGAGCCAACGCCAGAUCCAAAGCCAGAGCCGAAGCCACAGCCGAAACCACAGCCGAAGCUGCAGCCAAAGCCACAGCCGAAGGCAGAGCCAGAGCCAGAGUGGCUGCUCUGUGAUCUUUGCGACGAGUGGUAUCUCGAGGAGGACAACGUGCUUCAGGAGGACGGCAGGCCUCCGUGUGGUUACCAUCCCGGACAAAUCAUUAACUACGCGAACAACGAACUUCGGACCCUACGCAACUACGGUUUUCGCAUGACAGGCAGAGCGUGGAACUGUUGCCGCCGUAGACCCGACGCGGCUGGCUGCCAUCCCGAAUUCCACGAGCCGGCCGACUCAGGUGAAAGCGAGUGA